AUCUUAUUAUAUGGGUGAGAUAGUGCCAAAUUAAUUGUUCGUUGCUGGUUAUAGUCGCAAUAAAAUACCUGAUGAGAAGGGCAUAAAGGACAUAUUCAAAAAAUAUGGUAAUAUAAAGGAUGUUGCCUACAAGGGAUCGUACUCUUUUGUUGUAAGAUGUGUUUUUCUAUUUAAAUAGACAUUUUAAUCGGAAUCGGAAGCAGAGGAUGCUCUCAAGGCACUUAACGGAUAAUCGAUUAACGGAUAGAAAUUAAAAGUUGAUGUAGUUGAUAAUCGAAAAGGACGUAGAAGUGGGCCGUAAGAGAAUGACGAAUGCUUUAAAUGUGGAAAAGGAGGGCAUUGGUAAUGAUGAUUAUUUUAAGAGUUUAGGGCUAGAGAGUGUCCAAACAGAUCCUCACCAAGGAGAAGGAGGUACUCUGAUUCGAGAUCACGGUAUUUAAUUGUUUUUAUGAAUUGGGCAGACAUAGAAGAUCAAGGAGAUCAAAUUCAAGGUCUCGCUCGUAUUCUUCUUAUUCGUCUUCUCACUCGAGGAGAAGGAGGGACUCUAAGAAGCGAAAUAGAUACAGCAGAAGGAGCAGAAGUCCAAGGAGAGAUAAUAAGAGAAAGAAAAGUACCAGUUGCAAGAGAUCUAAUACAAAUUCAAGGUCCAGAUCAUCAGUUAGCAAUAAAUAGAGAUAGUCACACAAGUCAUCAUCUUCUAAAUGAGAAAGGAUCAAAUAAAGAAAAAGAAAUUAGAAAUUAAAUCAAUCGUGUCUUCUUCCAUUUUUCAUUCCCUUUCCUAUUAUUUCUGAACUGCUUUUGCUCAUUCAUAGGAAAACAUUUA